UUAAGUAAUUAUUUGAAAAAAGAUGGUACCGUAACUAUGACUGGUAACCUUAAUGUUGGUAAUAAUAAAAUAGUUGGUCUCGCAACUCCAACAUCAAAUACAGAUGCCGCAACCAAAAAGUAUGUUGAUGAUAACACAGCUGCCCCAGAUUUAAGUGAUUACUCGGAAAAAGAUGGUUCCAUCGCUAUGACUGGAGAACUUAAUGCUGGUGGUAAUAAAAUAAUAAAUAUUGGUAAACCACUCCACAACAGUGAUGCGGUAACCAAAGAUUAUGUUGAUAAACUAGUUCAUAGUACAGCAGUUCAACCAAGUCAUUACAAGGAUCAGUUUGCUUAUCUCAUGUCAAGUGCGGCUCAAUGGACUGAUGAAGUAGAUGGAGGAGUUAGUUUUGUUAUAAAUAGGAUAGAUGACUUACCACCAAACAAAGGCAACUUUCACGAUUAUAAUCACAAAGUUAUUUUCAUGUAUAUAUUAAAAAAUCGCCAAGGUCAAUAUAGGUAUAAGAUGGGAAUUAAUUUUUACAGACUACCUGCAAAUACUGAUUACACGUUGUGUUUGGAAAUACUCAACACAGAUUAUACUCUUUGGGAUAAGACUCAAAUAAGUGUUGACAAAGGAACUUCAACAGGAUUAUCAAUUGGAAAUGUAGGUAUAAGAAAACUAUCCCAUAGGUAUACUGAUCCAAAAGGGCAAACAAAAGUUAUGUACUACCAUAGAAUAAUAGUUAAUUUCCGGAAGUUGUCAUCUGGUAAUAAGUUCUUUCUUCACAUUCUUGUUAAUAUUUCAAAAAGAGGAUAUAACAUUAUGAAAUAUCCGGACAUUUUUCAGGGGGUUUACAUGAUUGCUUAUGGUAUUGUGGGUACAUUUAGCAAUAUCGACCCAGAUAAAGUUUACGACUAUCACACCGCAUUUGAUAUUAAACCAACAGAAGUGGCGUAUAAUGUUGAUAUUAAUGCAAACAAUAAAAAAAUAUUAAACAUUAAUCUCGAUAGAAACAGUAACAAUAGUGCUGCAACAGUUGGAAUGAUAAAAGAGUUAAUUCCUUUUACCAAAAAUUCUUUUUAUAGAAAAUAUUUUAGUGAAUUCUAUAACUUUGCUGAUGCGGAUAGUUACGGAAUAAAUAUAGGUUCAUCUGGAGUUAUUAUUAAUUCUUUAAUUCCUAGUAUUACACUACCGCCUAAUAAAGACCUAAGUGAAAUAGUAGAAAAAGGAUUAAAUGUUAAUGGUUAUGAUGUUACUUUUUCUCCUUCAUAUUCCCCGAUAGAUACUUUAUGUAUUGUUUUUAGUUUUUGGAGAAAUAGGAAUUUUACCCUAACUAAAUAUUUAUCAACAAACAAUAAUAUUUUAGUAAAAUUAAAUUAUGAUAAAUCAAACAAUAAAGUAAUUUUAACUGUUAAUAAAACAACUCAAGAUUUUACCAUGCCAGGUAGUUUUAAUGGAAAAAUAAUUGUUUUAUGGCUGGCAGAAGAUUUUCAUUCAAAUGUUACAAAAGUUUCAAUAAGUAACUACAGCUCAACAUUAACUAUACCAUCCAUUCAAUACAAUACUAAUCAACGUUGGAAGUUUACAAUUGAAGAUGGAGUGUUAAUUAGAUUAAUGUAUUCGCCAAACUUUUACGACACCGACUCUACUCAAUUCCACAAAGUAUUGAUUCAGGAAAAGUUAAGUGGAUCUUAUAUAGUAUAGGGGAACCUACGGUUCCCCCUAUGACCCCCUCCCUUGGCUACGUCGCACUAAUGUAAAUAAAAGAAUAAAUGAAGGAUACCUUUGAAUUUAAUCACAUUGAUAAAUCUCUGUCAGAAUCAGACGUCACAACACUCAAAGACUUUUACAAACAUUAUCAUAAAUACUGGUGUUUUAAGCAGUCUUAUAAGAGUUACAAAUUUUGUUGAUGAAGUGUUAUCAAUUUCUGGAAUAUGUCUAGUAGCAAUAGGAACUAUUGCUGGUGGAAUAACUCUAAACCCUGUUGUUCUAGGAGUUGUAAAUGGUGCUGGAGUUAUUGUAACGGGAAUUGGUAAGAAAAAGAAUUAUAAGAGAAAAAUUGAAAUGUCAAGAAUUGCAUUUACUACUUAUGAAAAAGUACUCGUUGAACUUCGUGCAGCUCUGAGGGGUGAUGAGUGGAAUAAACAAGAUUUUGUUGAUCGUAUGAAACUAAUAGAUGAAAUGAUAAUUGAUCAAACUCCUAUAGCAGAUAGAUUUGCUAGUAGGUAUAAUACAAAAUUUAAUCUAAGCAAGUAA